AUGACAGUAUUGGUCGAGGCGGCUGCCGUGCCGUUCACAUUCGGUCCUGCUGGGGGCGCUACGGAGCCCGGACGGGACGGCCUUGGUAUUUGGCUGCAAGCGGGCAGCUCGGACACGUCCCGGCCAGAGGGAGGGAGGCCUGGAGCGGCCCUCAGCUGGAGGAAACAGAGAACCUUCCAGAACCUCCAUCUGGCAGCCAACUGGAAACACAUCCAGCCCUCCAAAAGGACCAUUAUCCACAUCCCUUCAUUAGCCGAAAACGUGGAGGUGUUCCACGUAUUUUCCCAGCAUCUGGACGACAACAUCUUGCGUUUUUACAUCAGCCUCCUGAAGUGUGAUGGAGCUGCAGAUGGGACUGAUAUCAGGGCCGCUCAAUCCUCCCGCUGCACCAGACGCUUCAUCACUCUCACACCCGAGGCUGUGGAUUUCAGCCCGUCCCACAACAUCUGCCUGUCAGCUCUGCCGAGGUACAGUCCACACACCCCGAGGCGUAUCACAAACCUCACGGAGGCCUGUGUGGAUGAACUGGCAGCAGCUGAUGAGUCGGCCGUUCUCAUUCUGGGUCCAGAACCGGACGGAAGGAGGAUGAUCUUGAUCUUUGGUGUGGCAGAAGUUGUAUCACCUGAUCUACUCAGUAAACCAGGUCCAGGAAUCAGUCUGGUGCACAGAGACUCAGUGGUGGCUUCAAAACCUCCGAUGGCGAAGGUGUGUGCUGUUGAUCUGGACGUGGCAUACAGCGACCAGCCGGCCGUGGCCCCCAUGCUUCUGGAGAUAACAUAAAUAACACUGAAUAGCCACACUGGCUGCUUAAUACUGCCGAUGUCAAUCAGAAAUAAAAGCUGUGAACUCCAGAUCAAAGCCAAAAUGUUAAUUAAGAAAGGCCCAACAGUUUACCACAUGUGCCCCAUCCUCAUCAUUUAUGGAAAUCCACUUGUUUACUCUAACCACUCCAUGUUGUACCAUUAUGAGUUCUCAAAGAUGUGCAAGGUCUUAGUAUUUAAUAUAAUAGUAACAGGAGCAGCCUCCGAGGAUCUCCGGGGAGCUGUUGUGACCUUUGCUCGAAUUUUGUCAGUCAUUCAUCAGGAAAUAUCAUCCUGUAAAAUCCAAAUAGAAACCAAUUUCAAAGUAUCAUGUUAA